GGCGCGUGCGUCAUGGCGGCGUGCAGUGCCGCCUUGGCCUUCGCGUCCGCGAGCCCGAGGUCGGUCUUGCCCACGGCGGCCCGCGCCCUGCCCAUGCGCGGCGACGCACCCCGGGUGUCCAUGGCACCCGCGCCAGUGCAGGAUGCUGCGGCAGCUUUUGCCUCUGGCGGUGACCAUCUCUCGCUGACCGCCAAGCUAGGCUGCGCCGUCAGCGUCAUCGGCACCGUGGCCAUGUACGGCAGGGGCAUGAUGAAAGUGAGGCAGAGGGCGGCCAUUCGUAAGAAGGCCAGAGGCGGCCAGAGGGGGCGCCGGGCGCUCCAGAAGCCGAUCAGGUACCUCGACAUGGAGAGGGUACCUCCCGAUGACAAGAAGGGCACCCGCCACGGCCCCUUGAGGGUCUGUGUCAGCAAGAUCUACAAGGUGAUCAGGGAUUGCAACCCUUCGGACGAGAUGGAGUUCAUGCCGGAGCCACCGAAGGGCUUGUUCGGCCGCCUGCGCGAGUGGCUGAGGGGGCCGUGGCGGCAGUGACGCCAGGCGGAGGAACCCUCGUUGAGGCGGCCCGGCGGGGGGUGCCUCUGAGAGGGGGGGCGCUUCCCGCGUCUCUGAACGCGGCCUGGAAAAGGAACGCUGCCCGCUGAUGCGUGCUCAC